UGCAAACCGAUGGUGCAAAAUGAAAGCACGUGGUAAUGUUGUUUUGUAAAUGUACUGUUUUGCUGUGAGAUGGUUGUUUUGAUCAGUGGGUUGUAUUAAAAUAAAAACGUUUACAACGAAAGUUAGCGCUGAUUCAUCGAAUAUGAAAAAUUCGAAGAAAAAAGUUACGCAAAAUUGUGCACCUCAUGAAACAAACAAAGUGCCAAAGAAAGUAAAAGAUCAUUUGAAACCAAUCGUGCAAAAACUUUUAAAUCAAUGCUCUAAUUCAAAAGUUUUGUCUAGAAAAUUAGAAUGGGAUGAAAUGAAAGCAAAUUGUGCAUUAUUACAAACUAUACAAGAGCUUGAAAAGAAAUAUCAUUUCCCAGCCACUGACCGAAGUCAACACUGGGAAAAAUUUUAUGAAUGGUGCUCAGAGCAUGGAGCUAAGUUUAGCUGUGUAAAAGUAAAAGAAAUAAGUGAUGGAAAUUUCGGUGUUGUGGCAGAGGAAGAUAUAAAGGAGCACGAGCCAUUUCUCACUAUUCCUAGAAAAAUGAUGAUGUCUGAAAUUUCUGCAAAGAAUUCAAAAUUAGGACCUCUUAUUUCCAAAGAUCCCAUUUUACAGCACAUGCCUAAUAUCCAGCUUGCUAUGCAUCUUCUUAUGGAAUACCUGAAUCCUGACUCAUUUUGGAAACCUUAUAUAUCUAUUUUACCAUCCACUUUUGAUACUGUUUUAUAUUUUACAUUAGAGGAACUGCAAGAGUUACAAGGAUCUCCUGUUUUAGAUGAAGUAUUCAAAUUAUUGCGCAGUGUGGCUAGGCAAUAUUGUUAUUUUUUCCAGCUUUUCCAGAAUGAUUCUUAUGCUAAAUCUCUGAAUAUUGGUCAAUAUUUUACAUAUGAUUUAUAUCGUUGGGCGGUCUCUGCGGUUAUGACUAGGCAAAAUGUUAUUCCUUCUGCCGAUGGAUCACAGCAAGUAACGUCUUUAGUGCCUUUUUUUGAUAUGUGCAAUCACAUUAAUGGAAAACUUUCUACAGAUUUUAAUUUAGAACAAGAUAGUUUAAUUUCAUAUGCAUGUCAACAGUUUCUGAAAGGUGAAGAAGUUUGUAUGUUUUAUGGUCCAAGAACUAAUGCUGAAUUUUUUGCCCAUAAUGGAUUUGUUUAUCUUGACAAUGAAAAUGAUGCUGUUGAAAUUAAAUUGGGGAUAAGCAAAUCUGAUCCUCUUUCUGUGCCAAAAACAGAGUUGUGUGAAAUCAUGAAUAUUAAUUUAUCUGAUCAUUUUUAUAUUCAUAAAGGAAAUAUCAUCUCAGAAAAGCUCUUAACAUUUUUAAAGAUCAAUGUGAUGAAAGAAGAAGAACAGGAGAUUGUACUUAGAAAUAAGCAAGACUGUAGCAGUUCAAUGUUUGAAAAAUUUCCUGAUCUCAAUAGAAGAGCUCUGUUGUAUUUAAAGGACAGAUUAUUUCUUUUACUGAAGUGUUAUAGAACUACAUUGCAGGAAGAUGAAGACCUCUUAAGAAGUAGUGUUCCUGAAUCAAACCGUCUGCAUUUAGCAUUGCAGCUACGUUUGAGUGAGAAAAGAAUUCUUUCAGAUGCAUAUAAAUACUGUGAAGAAAAUACUUUGUAAUGAUAAUGAAACUCAUUUUCUGCUAAGAUGAAUGUGCAUUUAUUUAACUUAUUUUAGAUUUCUGUAUUUAAUAAUUAAUCUUACUGCAGUUUUAUUUGUUAGAGGAAUUUUCAAAUGUGAUAUUUUCUACUAACAAUUGAGCUCUUUGGAUGAAAUGAAUAUUAGAGAUCAACAUUCUCUUUAAUUCGCCACAUCUUUUGUCAUAAUGAUAUUGUCAUAUAUUUUAGCAUAUUUUAAAAAUAUGGUUCCAAUCAUUGUUUCCAAAACAUUAUUCUGAAGCUUGCCGAUAGUUGUAUAUUAGUAUACAUAGCACUGCCUACAUUUCACUCAAAACUUUCAAUACUGGAGAAGAGGAUAAGUAAUCACCUUCUAAUUGCUUUGUGCAAUCAUAUUAAAAUAUUAAAAAGUACUAGAAAGAUGUAUGGUUAGCUUUAUUUGUUUAAUUAGUGGCCAUUAUUUAAAUUCAUGCAUAAUAUUUAAUGAAACAUGAAUUCUUUGUGUUGAAUAAUUUUAUAUUUAAUUAAUUUAUGUUAUAUAUUCAAAUUAUGUGCAAAAUAGGCCUCAAUAUUAAGUAUUUUGUUUUUUAAAAAUUUAAGGUCUUCUCAAACAAGUAGUUGAAACAUUACUUCACAGAUCAUUUAUACUUGCAUUGUUAUACAAAUUAUAUUAUUUAAUAUUACCUAAAAACAAAUGUUCUGUUUAAGAGCAUUAAAACAUCAUGUCUACUAUUAAGUGAUAAAUUUUGCAUUUUUAUGGAAUAAGACCUUAUACUCUUGCACUUGCAUAAGAUCAUUCAUCUAUUGCCAGGAUGUGAAAUAUAUGAUCUGUGCUUGGAGACUUAUGUUGCAAGCCUUAUAUGUAGGCAGUUGAAUAAAAGUUUUCACAUGAGUAUCUAAAUUUAGGAUAUUUUGCCUAGUUACAUUUUUAUGAGGUGUUUUAUCUUAUGAGUGAUGAAAUGUAAUCUCGAUCAACCCAAUUUUAAAACACAUACUUAAUAGUGUUGUGAUACCUGAACAUAAAUGUAAAAGGCUAAAUUUGUAUUAAGUAAUGGAUACAGAAGAAUUCGACACAAACAAAAACAUUUACUGAAACUUAUUGAAAAUACAAACAAUAAAUCAUAAAUGUGCACAUAAUUUGUGCUUUGAAGUACACCUAAAUGAAUUUCGUAGUUCUUGAACCUUUUACAUGAAUAAAACAAAUGUACUUGUUUGUGUGCUGCUUCCUUGCCAUGCACAUUUGAUGGUAACAACUUCCCCCCUUUUUUCAUUUGAGUAACAAUUUUUUAUGCCAUGACUUUUAUUGACCAUUAUUUUAUUUAUUUAUUUGCUUCACCUUUCCAUAGGGCUGCAGCACAUUUAAUUUUAAAAAGUAAGCGCUGAUUAGCUCAUAAGAAGAAAUCUUUUCCGUUGUACUGUUCUGUUUUUUAAUUCUUUUAUUUAAAUAUGAAUAUUCAACUAAUUGGCCAAUAGCUGCACUGUGACAGUUCUAUUGCCUGCAUAAUUUUAUUGCAUUCUACAUGGAAUUUCAGCAUUUAUCUGUAUACAGGAGAACUGUGUUAAGAAGUUUUUAAAGAGUCCAGCACUUCUUAAAUGCAAAGGUUUAUUAAGAGGCGGGAAUAUAUUAAAAGACAAUAGAUUAACUGGAGAAUAACUUAAAAACACACAAAAGGCAACCUGAAAUUUUCACUCUGGUCUGUAACAUACUUAUUAGGUGGUAAGUCUGUGUUUUAGGAUCUUAUAUAUAAACUGCAAUUCCAGCAAUUUUCUGGCAUGUAAAAUUCUAUUAUUAGCCGUGUAUAUAUAUUGAAGUACACAUUAAUGCAUGUUCCAUUUAUGAUUUUGUUGGUUAGUUAACUGAUGUAAUCAGCAUGUUACUGUUCAAGGCUUAUAGCCUAUGUCAAAUUUGCUCAACUUUUCGAUGAGUGACAAUUUUUUAUGCAAGAUUUUAUGAUUUAUAAGCAUACAGGAAAAUAUAAAAUAAUUAUGUAUUAGAUGAAUAGUUUGUAUUGAGUCAAAAACCUGCUGCAAACAGUUUGCAGUACUAGCAACUGAAAAUUGCAUAAAAUCUUCUAAAUCUUUUAUUUUUCUGUAACAUGCAUAGAGAUUAUUUGCAUCAGAGUAUAUUUCAGUAGCUUUAGCAAUCAUAUUGUGAGAGAUUGGUCAGUUGAUUGAAAUGUAACAGAUUUUUUUUUAAUCAUUAACAAAAAAUAAAAUUCUUAAAAUAAUUUCUAUAUGCACUAAAACUCAUUAAAUUAGUAAAAUUUCAUAAAAUGCAUUUUCUUGGUAUCAUGGCAUUAGGUAUGUGUAUACAAUAAAUUUAAUAAACUGGAACUCCAAAUCUGCAAAAUGUUUGCAUCUGUCUUUUGAAAUUUUAUUUUGGGAUCUUGGAAAAUUAAAGAGAGAGAGGUAAAAAGUAGAGCUUCUUAGAGGUAAAAGCGUCUUAUAUACAAGUAGUAACUUCUUGUAUGUGUAUCUGUCUAUUUUUAUACACGCAGGUACAUCUAUAAAUUUUUAUAAGUGUGUACUUGAUAUUUAUGAAGAACAGAAACAAAGCUAAACAGUCUGUAGAACAAUUUUAAAAGUUAUUCUUCAUCUGUUAAGUAUUGGUAUUAUUGUUAAUACCCCAAUAUAUGAUCAAUACAUAACAUAUUCAAAAGAUUAGCAAUCUGAUAACAGAUGUGUGUGUGAUUAUGGCAAAGCCUCGAGGGCUAUCUGCCUAAGGGGAGGAUGCCUUCGUGGAGGACUUUCUAAGGGAAACUGGCUCGUAUACCGUUCACUGGCGAAGA